UCCACAUGCACUUGAACUGCGAACACAGAGCACAGUUCUUGUGGUGGUCUGGUAUCUCUAGAAUUAGGUAGAGGUUCACAGUAGCGAUUUUUUAGAUGAGCUUGACAUAUAGAAGGAAUUCGAAAUCUAAUCUCCUGAAGAUUCGUUCGGUCAGAGCUUGAGCAUGUACUAUUAACACUUUUCCUGGAUUUCAAGCACGGAAUUAACCCCAUUUGAACUUGUUGCUGAGUCGUUUCCAUCCUAUUGCCAACGGAUAAUUUUCUCCGGGUACUUCUAUGGAGUGCCUGUGUUUAAUUUGAUAUGAUUGUUUUGUAUGAUACACAUAACUGAAGGCUUUCUUUUCCUAACCGGUAGUUUUACUCAAAGAUGUCCUCUUGCCACGCUGCGGUUCUGUGAUCACCAAUCGGAGCGUUGAAAGCUCUUUAGCUGGACCAGGUCGCCUACAGUUGGUCACCAUGGCAGCGGGUGUGGCAGCAUGGUUACCCUUUGCAAGGGCAGCUGCUAUAGGAUGGAUGCCGGUAGCCAGUGCACCCAUGCCGACACUGCCAGCAGACAAUCGGCAGAAGCAGGAAGGCCUCAUUGCAAUCAAUGUCAGCGGUCAUAAGUUCCAGACAUGGCGGAAUACUUUGGAGCGGUACCCAGACACUUUACUGGGUAGCACAGAGAGGGAAUUCUUUUACCACGAAGAGACUAACGAAUACUUUUUUGACCGCGACCCCGAUAUUUUCAGACAUAUUCUGAACUUCUAUCGUACUGGAAAGCUUCACUACCCGCGCCAGGAGUGCAUUUCGGCCUAUGACGAGGAGCUAGCCUUCUUUGGAAUCAUACCAGAGAUCAUAGGGGAUUGCUGCUAUGAAGAGUAUAAGGACCGAAGGCGGGAGAACCAGGAGAGGAUCCAGGAUGAUGAGGACAGCGAGAACCAGAAUGAAAUGGUCCCCCCUGAUAUGACGUUCCGAGAGACCAUGUGGCGGGCAUUUGAGAACCCCCACACGAGUACUAUGGCCCUGGUGUUCUAUUACGUCACUGGCUUCUUCAUUGCAGUUUCUGUGAUGGCCAAUGUAGUGGAGACAGUCCCAUGUGGAACUUUGCCAAACCGGGUCAAAGAGGUGUCAUGCGGGGAGCGUUAUGCCCUUGCCUUUUUCUGUCUGGACACCGCCUGCGUCAUGAUCUUCACUGUGGAAUACUUGCUGCGUCUUAUGGCCGCCCCCAGCCGCUGGAACUUUAUCAAGAGUGUAAUGAGUGUAAUCGACGUUGUCGCCAUCAUGCCUUAUUACAUCGGCUUAGUUAUGACGGAUAAUGAGGACGUGAGCGGGGCAUUUGUCACCCUGAGGGUGUUCCGCGUUUUCAGGAUUUUCAAAUUCUCCCGCCACUCUGCAGGGCUGCGCAUCCUGGGCUACACGCUGAAGAGCUGUGCAUCUGAGCUAGGCUUCCUCCUCUUCUCCCUUACCAUGGCCAUCAUCAUCUUUGCAACGGUCAUGUUCUAUGCUGAGAAGGGCUCCACAGCCAGCAAGUUCACCAGCAUCCCAGCUGCCUUCUGGUACACCAUCGUCACCAUGACAACUCUUGGAUAUGGAGAUAUGGUUCCUAAGACCAUUGUAGGAAAGAUUGUUGGUUCGGUCUGUUCUCUGAGUGGUGUCUUGGUCAUCGCGCUGCCGGUGCCCGUCAUAGUUUCCAACUUCAGCCGCAUCUAUCACCAGAGCCAGCGAGCUGAGAAAAGACGCGCCCAAAAGAAAACCAAACUUGGUAGAAUUGCCGCACGGAAGAGCAGAGGGACUAGCGCUUAUUUGCAGUACAAACGCAAUCAACUGCUGAGUGAGGAGGCGUCAAAGGCGGCAGGCCAAGCGCUGGUGUGCAAGGCCAAUCCCAUGUUUGAUACACACCACAAUCAUCUGCUGCAUUGUCUGGAGAAGACCACGAACCAUGAGUUUGUGGAUGAGCAGGCAUUUGAGACCAGCUUGCUGGAGGUUUCCAUGGUGAAGCAGGCAUCCUGCUCAUCCUCCAUGUCCUCUAGCUCCUCCAACCAAGGCCUGUCGUGCUGCUCGCGACGCAACAAGAGGAAGAACUUCAAUGUGCCCAAUUGCAACAUGACUGGAGGGCACAGGAACAGCAUUCAGGAGCUAAGCACCAUCCACAUCAGAGAGAGGCACAUUGCUAACAGUCGCUCCAACCUGAAUGCUAAAUUCGAGGAGACAGUGCCUCUAAACUGCGAGCAUCCCUACAUCACAGCAGCAGUCAUCACACUGCCCACGCCACCAGUGACCACACCUGAGGAGGAUGCCUCCUUCCUGGACUACUCACAGGCCAACAUCGUCAGGGUGUCCGCCCUCUAGAGCCCUCUGCUAUGCCACCCCCACAGCACGGGCACCAGCAUCGUCACCAUGGAAAACAAAGGACAGAAGAGAUACAGAGAUGGGAGGCCCUUUAUUACUUUAAUCAGAGACAGGGUUUGCUGGGGGUUUAGGAGGAGGGUAGGUGUGGUAGUGGGCAGUUUAGAGGGUAGCUGGACCCUUUUUGUUUUUCCUAUAAGUAGCUACUACACAUUUACACUUGUGGAAUAACUUUGCACUGUGUAGCUGCGCCUCAAAGUUCCCCCUCUACUUUUUAAGUGGGGAAAGACUGUGUUGCUGUGGUGUUUAGUGUCAGGCAAUGAAUGCAAAAAUUCUAAACUUUCAUCAUUACACUUUUUUAUAUUGUGUGUUUUAAAAAUCGCUGUCUAUUAAGUGAAAUAGGGUGGAAUGGAAUUUGUUUGUAUUGUUUGUUAAGACGUUUGACGAGAAUAUAUUUUGUAUCUACCAUGUUCUGCAAUGUGAUGAGCAGGAAAGAAAAGAAAAAUACAUUUUUAAUGUAUUUUUCAUCAAGAAAUAGUGUAGGUGGGUGUGUGACCUCAAAGCUCUCAACUGUUUGUGUAUCUGUGAGGUUGACAUGAGCAAUAAGGGUCCUUAGCUGCAUUGUGUGUGCUAUAUCAAUUUUCUGGCAUAUCUCACCUACCCUUUCUCCCAGAGCUGAAAAAUAGGACUAUUUAUCUCCUGUAAGAAAUCACACACUCAUGCUGUCAUCUAUAACCGAAUGGCCAUUGUGAAUAGUGAACACCUUUGCUGCCAUUGGAAAACCCUCCUCCUCUCUACCAGAGUUGACUACUUGAUUUGUUCUGGUUUAACAUACACUGAACAAAAUAAUAAACGCAACACUUUUGUUUUUCCCCCAUUUAUCAUGAGCUGC